AGGGAGAGGCUGGGUCCUGGGAAGGGACUGCCACAUGAUCCGCGUCCCACAUGACACAGAAAGAAACUGGUGGCAGCAGCCAGCUCUGCGAAACGUCAUUUUUUUUUUUUUUUUUUUUCCUCAGUCAAAGAAGAGGGGUAGAAUACCCCAUCCCUCCCCCUCAACCAGAUUUACAAAUAUCCGGGCAGAGGCAGCUACAGAUGUGAAUAUACUCUGUGGUUUCCAGCAUGAUUGGCACCUUCCCAGAGGUGCCUUUGCUUGGGAUAACAAACGGAGAAAGGACCAGACCGGCGCCUCUGGGAUUAUGCUUUGGAGCAGUGAGGAAACCACCACCAGCGACCCGUAACCAAAUACUCUGGCUCUCACCACAAGCAUAUGGUCUCCGGUGAAGGGUGGCACAUGGGAAGGCUUCUCUCGUUCAGCCUGAGCAAAAGACCUGGCCAUGUUUGUCCACAGCAUGGAUAACAGCAGCGCUCCUUUCCUUCUCCCUACCUUAUUGCUCCUGCUGCAGAACAAGAGCUACCCUGAAACCUCCACCCCUCCUGCUGGCCACAGGGUGACCGAGUCACCCACAGGACCCCCCUCAAGCAGGAACCACACUGUCUUGCAGUAUCAACUGAGGCUGGGGGAAAUUGCGGCAGCCAGCAUGGUUUUGGGAGCGUUGUGGCUGGUCUCCGUCUUCGGAAACUCCCUCGUCUGCUUAGUGAUCCACAGGAGCAGGAGGACGCAAUCCACCACCAACUAUUUUGUCGUCUCCCUGGCUUGCGCAGACCUUCUCAUCAGUGUCGCGAGCGUGCCCUUCGUGCUGCUUCAGUUUACCUACGGCAGGUGGAUGCUGGGGAACGCGAUGUGCAAGCUGGUAAGGUACAUACAGUACCUCGCCCCUGGCGUUCAGAUAUACGUGCUCCUCUCGAUAUGCGUGGAUCGAUUCUACACUAUCCUCUACCCCCUGAGCUUCAAAGUGUCCAGGGAGAAAGCCAAGAAAAUGAUCCUGGCCUCCUGGCUCUUUGACGCUGUAUUGGCAUCACCGGCUUUCUUCUUCUACGGCUCCAACAGUGACGACCACUGCAACUUCUUUCUCCCCAGUUCUUGGGAAGGAGCCCUCUAUGGUGCCAUCCACCUCUUGGUGGUGUUUCUGAUCCCUUCCAUCCUCAUUAUCCUCUUCUACCAGAAGGUCAUCAGGUACAUUUGGAGAAUAGGCACCGAUGGCAGGACUGUCAGGAGGACAAUGAAUAUUGUCCCAAGAACAAAAGUGAAAACCAUCAAGAUGUUCUUAACGCUCAACUCGGUCUUCCUCCUCUCCUGGCUCCCUUUCUACGUGGUACAGCUGUGGCACCCGCAGGAAACAGACUACAGAAAGAGCACCUUGCUUUUCCUGGCCGUCACCUGGGUUUCUUUCAGCUCUUCAGCCUCCAAGCCAACCCUCUACUCCGUGUAUAAUGCCAACUUCAGAAGAGGGAUGAAAGAAACUUUUUGCAUGUCCGCCAUGAAAUGCUACAGAAGCAACGCAUACACCAUCACCACCAGUUCCAGGAUAGCCAAAAAAAAUCACGUUGGGAUCGCAGAUAUCCCAGGUCCAGCCAAAACUGUCACCAAAGAUUCCAUCUAUGAUGCUUUUAACAGAGAAGCAAAGGAAAAAAAGCUUGCCUGGCCUAUUCAGUCCAAUCCCCCAAAUACGUUUGUCUAGUUGGCUUCAUUGCUUUGAAACAUUCCUACAUACCCCCAGAACAAGGAGCUUUCUCUCAGUUUUGAACCAAGGUAUAUUUACGUGUUUUUAACACAACUUUUAGGGAAGAAAAAAAGAUGUUUUAUUUUAUUAAAUGCCUUGAUUUUGA